UUUUUGGAAAAUUAGGUAAUAAUUAUUUUCAUUCUUAUAGUUCCUUUUUCAUAGCUAAAAGAUGGCUCCUUUACAUUGUUUGAGCUUACAAACCACAACUGCUUUUAUUUCUUCCAAAACCCCUACCGAAUUCGGGUCGAAAUCCAAGCUUUUCGCUCUGGGCUCUCACUCUUUAGCGAAAAUUAGAAAGCCUUGCUUCUCUGUUCGUGCCAUGGGUUCAUCUUCUUCUUCCCCAAAAUCUGACAGCAACAUUCAAGAGGCAGCAGGAGCAAUUGACUAUAAAUCUUUAAGUGAUCAAGAAUGGAAGAAGAAGCUAAGUGGGGAGCAAUUCUACGUUACUCGUCAAAAGGGAACAGAGAGAGCAUUCACUGGGGAAUACUGGAAUACGAAAACGCCAGGAACUUACCAUUGCAUAUGUUGUGACACACCACUCUUUGAAUCAUCGACGAAAUUUGACAGUGGAACUGGUUGGCCAUCUUAUUACCAGCCUAUAGGAAACAAUGUCAAGUCAAAAUUAGAUUUGUCAGUUAUUUUCAUGCCACGCCAGGAAGUUCUUUGCCAAGUUUGCGAUGCUCAUCUCGGCCAUGUCUUUGAUGACGGGCCACCACCCACUGGAAAACGAUUCUGUAUCAACAGUGCAUCUCUGAAACUAAAGCCAAAAGUAGAAGGCAACUAGAAAGGGCAGUCUUUUAUAAGCAAACUAUGAGUAUAUAUAUAUAUAUAUUAAAGAUCACUAUAAGAUGAAGAGAAGCACUUGGAUUUAUCUACAGCUUCUGUUCCUUGUUGGUUUUUCUAAGUUAUUAUGAGAAUGUGGUAAUCAUGAAUACAUUACAGCUUAACACUUGUAGAUUCUAUACUGAUAAUAUGGAGAAGGGGUAAAUAAGCAAAAAAUUCUACCAACUUAUUAAUAUAUUAUUCAUUAUAUUUUUUUUUCAAAACAAAUAGUUAUCUAUGAAUGAUAGGAAUGUAGAUUUUUCUUAUGGGGAUAGCCUCACGGAGACCCGCCCCCCUCUAAUGGAACGAUGGUUUUUUGUCUAAAUGGAGAAUGAGGCGGGAAUGGGAUAACACUCCCUCACUUGACUGAGACCCAUUAAUAUUUUAUUUAUAUUUUAAUAAUAUUUUAUAUUUUAUGUUUGUA